UUGUGGCGCUUGGUCUAUAUUGCCUUCGCAGAAGGAAAGAGGUGUAGACGUCUGCCGUCUGGGGUUGGGUUCGGUAGGGUUCGGCUAGGUUCGGCCAAGCAAGCGGCAGCGGCAGCGGCAGUGGGCAGGCGGCAAGCGGCGGUCAUCACGCUGGUCGUCACUGGUCGGUCGGGUUGUGGCGGUCCUUUGGUGCCACUGCUACUGCCACUGCUACACUGCUAACCUGGCAUUCCUCGCCUGGCACUGCGCGCCUGGCCCGCUUGUGCAAUCCUUGGUCGCUGCGUCUUGGGUCCUGGUUUGGUCCUUGCGCGAGUGCUCAAGUGCAGCAGCGGAAGUCUCCAGCAUUUAUGUCAUUAGAGGAUCACUGAGGUGCAGACGGGGGAAAGUGUCAAGUGAAUCCCAAGCUUUUUGGGUGCCAGUUUGUAGUUUGUGUUGUCAUGGGCUUGCUGUCAGAAGGCAGUCCUUUGAGCUGGGAAGAAACCAAGGAUCUUGCAGACCAUGUGCGGCGACACGGAAUUAGACAAUUCAUCAAUUUGUACCAUCGAUUGAAAAAUCGUCAAGGCGACGUACUGAAAUGGGGCGAUGAGGUUGAGUAUGUAAUUGUUAAGUUUGAUCAUGAGAAUAAGGUAGCCCGUGCAAGCUUACGUGCUCCUGAUAUCCUCCAAAUUUUGAACGAGAAAGAGCAGAAGGAUCCCGAGAAUGUUAAGUCCUUGUGGCGCCCUGAGUAUGGAGCAUACAUGAUUGAGGGUACACCUGGCAAACCCUAUGGAGGCCUUCUUGCUCACUACAAUGUGGUUGAAGCUAAUAUGAGGCUUAGGAGGGAAGAAGUGCAACAGCUCCUUCAGCCAGGAGAAGCUCUUAUGUCACUCACAAGUUAUCCAAGAUUGGGUUGUUCUGACUUCACUGAUCCACCAACGAAAGUCUCCCCUUCUGAUGGAACUACUUUGUCUCUCUUCUUUCCGGAUGACUGUAUUUUCCCAGGACAUCCUCGAUUCAAAACACUAACUCGCAACAUUCGAAUGAGACGUGGUGAAAAAGUUGCAAUUAAUUUACCUGUUUUUAAAGAUGUGAAGACACCCUCUCCAUAUGUGGAGCAGUUCCCUCAGGCACCUUCAGGGCAGCCAGAGGCCACUUCUGCUGCCAAACCAGACCACGUUUACUUGGAUGCAAUGGGAUUUGGGAUGGGCUGCUGUUGUCUUCAACUUACUUUCCAGGCCUGUAACAUUGAUGAGGCUCGAACACUCUAUGAUCAACUUACACCACUUUGUCCAAUAAUGCUGGCCCUUACUGCUGCAUCACCAAUACAUCGAGGUCAUUUGACUGAUGUAGAUUGCAGGUGGAAUGUCAUUUCAGGAUCAGUGGAUUGUCGCACUAAAGAGGAAAGAGGAUUGGAACCCCUAAAAAACAAUAAAUUUGUCAUACCAAAGUCUCGAUAUGAUUCUAUUGACUCAUACCUUUCUGAACAGGGUGAAAAGUACAAUGAUGUCCCUUUGAUUUAUGAUGAAGCUGUUUACGAUGAAUUACGCAAGGCUGACAUUGAUCAUCUGCUGGCUCAACACAUUGCCCACUUGUUCAUCAGAGAUUCUGUAUCUCUCUUUAGUGAAAAAGUUCAUCAGAAUGAUGAAGAAGACACCGACCAUUUUGAAAACAUUCAGUCAACAAACUGGCAAACCAUGAGGUUUAAACCACCUCCACCCAAUUCUCCAAUCGGGUGGAGAGUGGAAUUCAGACCAUGUGAGGUGCAAAUAACAGAUUUUGAGAAUGCAGCUAUUGUUUGUUUUGUUGUACUCUUGACCCGUGUAAUUUUAUCAUAUCGUAUAAAUUUAAUCAUACCAAUAAGUAAGGUUGACGAAAAUAUGCAGAAAGCGCAGAAAAAGGAUGCGGUUAAGACAGAAAAGUUUUGGUUCCGGAAAGACAUAACUACUUUCAGUUCUCCACCUGCUUGUACUGCUUGUUGUCAGUCUAGCACUGAAGCUAAAAGUGAUGCUGAUUGUUACACACUAAUGACUGUGGAUGAAAUAAUAAAUGGAAAGGCAGGAGAAUUUCCUGGCCUUGUACCCUUGAUAAAUAGCUAUCUAAGUGGAAUGGACGUCGAUGCAGAUACUCACUGUUCUAUUCAGCAAUAUUUGAAACUGAUCCAGAGAAGGGCUUCUGGUCAACUGUUGACUCUGGCAAGCUGGAUGAGAGCAUUUGUCCGCAACCAUAAAGAUUACAAACAAGAUUCUUUGGUGUCAGAUCGCAUAAACUAUGAUCUUCUGACAGAACUGAAUGCCAUUCAGACUGGUGAAAAAGCCUGUCCAGAACUUCUUGGACGUUCACUUCAUUCACGAACUCAAGAGUCUAUUCCAACAGCAGUUCAGAAGGCUGCAGGCGAGUACACAUGAUUUUUCCAGCGCAUUUUCAAAGUUAAUGAAAGGCUGAGUUCGUUGUUAUUGUUGUACAUGGUAAAUCAUUUUAUUAAGCUUUUGGUGCUGUAAGCCGUAAAGGCAAGGGAAUGAAAUGCUUUGAGGCUUCUGUUUUGCUAUGGAAUAGGAGUAUACAACAUCAUUGAAAUACUCCAGCUCCAAAUCUCGUACUAUAAUUUUUCAUUUUUAUUUCUGUGUUAUGGUUAUUUUAUAGCUGAUUUUUCUGUUUUUAUUCAGAGUUAUUUUAGUUCUCAUUGUAUUACCAGUGAUGUUUUACUCAUUACGCAGCUGUAUUCUGAUAAUUCCACAUGAUCACUUAUUCUUUGGUGUGCGAGUGUGUGUACGUACAGUUGCUUACACAGAGGUAUUUUUUAUGCUUCAGGCUCAUCAUAACAUUCUUUUGCCAAUUUGCCUGCUUCUGUCAAACUUUUUCCUGUUUUAUGAAAAUGGCAAUUCAGUACAAUGGCAUUUUACUUUAGUCUCUUUAAAUGUUUCUUUUUCUGCUUGAAAUUUUUUACCUGACUCCUUAUUAUUAUUUUUGUCAGAAUUUGAUGCACAAAGACUGUAAAGGCAUUCUUUUUGUUGUAUUAUUUUGGUUAGGGGUGGAGGGGAAGCCUCCAAAAUGCAUGCUCUCCGUCCAGAUUAAUACCUCAAGGGCUGGUAACUGUCUGCUUUAGGGAGGUACAUUUUUAAAAAUGAUUGCUCAGUGCUCAGUAUUCUAAAUUUUCCAUUUAGGACUUGCACAGAAUUCUUAGUUUUUCAAAAUUGAAGUAAUGAUGAUGAAAAAUAAUAGGUAUUUUAAUUGGCUAUAGAUGUGAAAGUGUUUUUACACGGAAUAUGAACAACUAUCACUGAUUAGGUCAAUGACUAUUUUCAAUAGUAUCUGUUAGAUAAAAGCUUCAUAAUGGAGCAGAUUGUGAUUUUUUAAAAUUGUUAUGCUUACUAAGUAGUAGCCUCUUAGAUACCAGCAGGAUUUAGGAAGCCCAAGUUUGAUUGUUCUGCUGAUUGUCUGUAAUUCCAUUUUGUGCACCAUUUGCAAUUCUUGCUUCUGUGUUUUCGAAUAGGGGACCAAACAAUGUGUGGUCCUAAACAGGCUGUCCAGUCCAGUCUAGUAUGAACCAGAUAUGGGUCCUGUUGCCUGUUGUCCACACUUAGUUAAUCUGUUUAUUUCAUAGUUCUUUUGAGUCUUAAGGUGUCGGCAAAAGUGCUUUUAUCCAUCAAACACUGCAUUUCAUUUUAUUCAUGUUCUACUGCUAGAAAAAAUGAACCAAAAGAUAUUUGUUAUCUUUGAUAAUGAAACUCACAUUCCAUUGUAAUAGAAUUUGGUGUCUCGAUUCUACUGAAGUAAAAAUGUACAAACCUGCAACUAACUGUGCUUUUUAAAAUUGGAGCAUUGUUGAGUCCCAAUUGCAGAAUCAAUGUUGUAUAGGUAUGAUUUUUGUUGAGUUGUCAAAAUUUAUAUCAGUUGUUAGUUAAUGUUUAUUUUAUUAUGUGUAUUGUUAACGAGUCAAAUGUGCACUUUAGAUUUUUGGCUACUUCAGGUCUUUGUUGAAUAGUGUGUUGGAAAGAAAUGUUAGGAGAAUUUCUCUUUUCUUACUAUGUUGAAAUAAAAUGAGGUGCUCAUUCUGUU